AUUGCUUGGAGAGAGAGAGAGAGAGAGAGAGAGAGAGAGAGAGAGAGUGUUUGUGUUUCAGUGUCGUGAGAUUUGUGUUUAUGUGAUGCAUUGGAUCCUUCGCCGAAGUGGGUAUGAAAUAUGAAUACCUCCCCACCUUCUCUCUCUCUCUCUCCUCUACCCACAACCAUAGAAAAGCUAAAAUCCAAACGAGCCACUAAACAAAUCCAAAAGAUGGUGGGUUGAUGAUUAUAUUCUUGACGUACCAAUUCUAUAACCACCAUCUUUUUUUUUUCCCCUCCCACAUCUCACUUCCCAAGCUUUUCGAGUACUUCUUGUUCUUUAUUCCCCCCAUUGUUUCGGCCGAUCUUAAUUAUUCCACUUCUCUCUCUACAUGUACCCGGAAUUCAAUUCACUUCCUUUCUCUGUUCAUGGGUAUAUCUGAUUGCCUGCUGUUUUCCUCCAAGAAUUUGGUUCCAAUGGAUUCCAAUUCCUCGUCGAAACCCACGUCGGAAUUCCAACAACAGGAUCAAGAUAAAGAGCGAAGGGAGGAAGAGAAAGAGGAGACUUUAGUUUCUGCAUUAAGAAUCAAGACUCCAUCAACAACGUCUCUCGGAGAAUUCACGGCUGACGGCGAGGGUGACGACACGUGUACAACUCCGACUUCUGUGGAUCAAAGAAUCCCGUUGAUCCUUUUGUGUCCACCUGCACCGAGGAAGCCCAAAUCGGCGAAAAGAAAAGCGGCGGAUUCUCGACGGAUUCGGCUCGAUUUUUCGAGCGAGGUCGAAGCGUUGUUUCCUCUAUCUGUUAUUGCUGACUUUGGUGGUAAGAUCAAGAAAGCCAGACAAAAUGACUAAUGGCCCGAAAUUGUGGAAUUAAAACUAUUAGUACUGGAUGUUAAGGAAGUUGUGUGGAUUGACAGGUUAGCGUUGUCCACGCGAAAUUCAUUCCUUUUAUGACGCGAUCGGUGGUGUUGUAUAAUAUUAACGUUGUUCUUAAUUAAUUUCUUGUUUAUCAAGUCCAGAUUUUUUUCUUA